CCUCCUCAAAAGUUGAACGACUUACACUAAACAUACUUGCGCCAAGAGAAUCACUAACACCUCUCGACGACUCACCUAUUUCUCCAACAAUCAACAAGGAGCUCCACCACCUCACCCAUUUUCCCUGCUCUUCGCAACAGUUCACCACAUCCACAAUGGAAAGCCUACCCACACCGCCGAACGAGGAGCAUCUCAAAACGCAGGCCCCAAAGAGAACACCCUCCAACUCCAAGGUUGUCAAGCCAGUACAUCGCGGCGGCUCAAAACGCACCAGCGCACAUGGACACCCUCAGUCACCAUCAAUAGACAGCCACAGCCAUAGCCAUUCAGUUGGCGAUGGGAGGCAUAAGAGAGUGUGGAAGGCCUGCGAGAGGUGUAGAAUGAAGAAGACCAAGUGUGAUGGAGAAUUCCCCUGCAAGAGGUGUAAGGACGACGGCCUAGUAUGUACCGCCGGAACCAGGAAAAAGACCGAGUACAAGCAAUUGCCCAGAGGGUAUGCCGAGGUGUUGGAAAACACCCAGUUUGCUCUCAUUGCCACAGUCCACAAGCUUUAUGCCAUGGUACGGAGCGGGCAAAAAUGGGAUCUUGGUGAGCCGGAGCUCAACGACCGUGGCCAACCGGUCAUUCACAACAUUGCCUCCAAGCUCGGCUGCAUCCGACCCAACAGCGAUAUGGACCUCCCCGUGCAUUCCAUCUUCCCUGAGGACGAGGCAGGUCUCGCUGAGCUCGCUAGACAAUUGGAAGAGCAGCAGAAGACCAACGCUGCGAACAACAGCAACAACAACAAGCAGGACGGCGACUCAAGUAGAACCGACCGUGCCAGCUCAUCGGAAGUCGACCACUCGGACUUCGAAGACUACCGCAAGACCUUCAACAACAGUACCGCCGUCACAAUGUCGCCUGCGAGCCUUAGCUACGGUGAUUUCGACAUCGCUACAGCUACCCCUACCGAUUCGUUCCCCAGCCAGUCUCCUGUCGUGCCGCCUACCACCUUCCCGACGACAUGGCUCAGCCGUCCGACCUCGAUGGACUUCACAGCCCCGGAUAAUCUGUCGUAUCUCAGCAUGGAUAUGUUGAACCAGGGCCUCUACGAGUCCAACUUUGGCACCAUCAAGCCCCACGUCCUUUCGUGUCCUAACCCCGAGGUCAUGAUGGGAAUGGGCGAUCCGAUGAUGUACUCGGGCUACGACGCUGACUUGCGAAUGUAAGCGAUCGAUGCAUCCAAUAUUUUUUGGGCAUAAGUGCUCAAGCACCGACAACAACUCGCGCACACCUCACGCACACACACGCACUACGGUACAUCACUACAAUCAGUACAUCGCAUCAUCGGAU